AAAAUAAGAGCACGCCUUUCCCAUUUAAACUUCCGUAUUCAGUAUUUAGAUUGAAGGUGGUAAUACUAGUGAACAAGUGAAAAAAAUAUGGAUGUCUUAGUUUAUUUUACUAUAGUGACAAUUGUUGCUAUUUUAGAUAAUGGUAAAACAGCGAAAGUGAAUAGUUGUGACUCGACCCCUGCGAGCAAUGGAAAGUGCAAUCUUACGGUAACAAACGGGCAACCUUGUUAUUUUGGAAACCCAAAACAAUUUGCAAGUAUUUCUUGUAAUUCAUCGUAUACAUUUGAUGCACAGACGACAUUCACUUGCACGGGAACUGGAAAUACCGGUAACUGGACACCAGCAGCAUCAGCAGUGUGUUCAUCGGGAUCGACACCAACUCCAACAAUGUCCUUCACUUCGAAUAGUAGCUUGUCUUCUGUCAUCAGUACAGUGUUCAAUGUUACAGGGACACCUUCUUUGGAAACAUAUACAACGAUGCCUAGAACCGGAAUAAAUACUCUCAGCACAGAUUUCCAAACUGAUCCAUCUGCUAUAACCCCGUUUACAUCUUCUCCAAGACUUGCAGCAACAAGUUCAACUAUAGUAGUUGCUUCAUCAAUAUUAGUUACAGUAACCCCUGGCCCUGCAGCAGCACAUAAAGUUAAAGAAUCAGGUACAAGUAUUAACAUUUUUAUUCAAUUCUAGCAUUAAAAUAAAUUGUCUUUAAAAGAAAAACUAGAACCAAGAGGGAUGCCAGUAGUUUUAAAUUAUUUCAGAACGUACUUAAAGUCUAAUGGAAUAUCUGUAAUACCAAUUAAAGAUGCUUUUAGCAAACGUAAAUUGUUAAGUAAUGUUGAAAUAUCAUGCUCAGGGAAUGCAAUCAAACGUUUAGGGUUUUUUUUUUU